GUCAGUUUUAUGCUACAUAGAAAAGAAGAGAAGAUAUUACGAUAUGAAGUUAGCUGUGGUUGCUUUUCUAUUAAUUGCUGUUACAAUUUACGUUACUGCCGACGAAUCUCCUGCUGAGGAAAAGAGAAGAGGAUGGGGAAAGAGGUCAUGGGGAAAGAGAUCGGAUGAUGAAGAUAGAUUCGAUGCUCUUGAAGAGAAGAGACGUAGCUGGGGAAAGAGAGCAAUGGGCUGGGGAAAGCGGGCGAUGGGCUGGGGAAAGAGAGGCUCUGAAGAAGAGGCUUGCGAAAGACUCCAGCAGAAUGCUAUGUUCUACACUUUUAAAGCUAUUGAGUUGGAAAAUCAAAGGCAGAAAAUGUGCGCUUAACACCAAAACUUUCCAACAAGAUAUGAAGAUGUUUGUUUUCACAUAAGAGGGCGUAUAACAAAAUAUGACUUAUUUCUUGGAAAAGGAUAAAAAUAAGCAAAUUUAACAAAAAAUAUUCAGUAAAGCACGUAUCUAAUUUUUGUUGGUACUCAGAAAAUGAAAUAUAUAAAGUAAAAAGUCGAGCAGAGAUUUAUCUCACCUUACUCAUCUGAUUGGUCUACUAAGCUUCUUAAAAAGAGUGUAGUUGAUUGCUUCACCCUGUAAAAAAAUUAUAAUAUACA